UCAGGCCGUGGCGGUAGAGGUGGCGGUGGUCCUCGAGGAAGCGGUUCCUCUGGCGGCAGGGGAGGUGCCCAACGCGGAGGUAGCGCAUCCCGCGGUCAAAGCACCGGCACCCUUGCCCACGGCCGGCCAAAUCCCCAGCCAGCCUCUCGAUCCACCGCGGGAGCGCCGUUGGGCAUGAGCCAACGAAAGGCGACACGCGACGCACGUAAACGGAGGGAGAAGGCCGAGCGGAGGGCGAGAAGGGGCGGCGCGGGCGAGGACACCAGGCAGCAGCCGAGGAGCGGUAAUGAUGAGGACGACGACACGCCGAGCGAAGACGAAGACGACUACUUCGAGGAGGACGAGGAGGACGUGAUGAUGCAGCACGUCCUCGCCGCGUCGCUCCUUGAACAAGGCGGCAGCCUGCCCUCAUCGCUGCCCACCUCUUCCCAAGAUUCGAUGGCGAUUGAAGGCGAGGCAGCUGAUGACAACAACGAGUCCAAAGAGAUGGACGAAGACGAGCUGCUGCAGCAGGCCCUACUCAUGUCUCUCCAACAGCCAGGACGCCGCCGCCCCCGGUGCCGCGCCUGA